AUGUCUUUGGCCCGCAGCCCCAAGGACAGCCAAGAGGCCCAGGACAACCGGAUGCUGCCGGCGCUGAAGGACAACAGCGGCAGCCACGGCUCCCCGAUCAGCGGCAAGCUGCACGGCAUCUUCUUCAGCUGCAACACCGAGUUCAACACGGGCAAGCCGGCCCAGGACUCCCCGUACGGCCGCUACCGCUUCGAGGCGCGCGCCGAGGAGCUCUUCAACCCCAAGACCAACCUGUACUUCGGCGACUUCUACUGCAUGUACACGGCCUACCACUACGUCAUCCUGGUGGUGGCGCCAGAGGGCUCGGCGGGCGACGAGUUCUGCAAGCAGAGGCUGCCUGCGCUGGACCGCGCCGACAACCGCUUCCUGACGUGCGUGCAGGGUGAGGACGGGCGACUGGCGUUCCACCACGCGCAGGACGUGAUCCUGGAGAUCAUCUACACGGAGCCGGUGGAGCUGGCGCUGGGCGACGUGGCCGAGAUCAGCGGGCACCAGCUGAUGAGCAUGUCCACUGUCAACGCCAAGAAGGACCCCAGCUGUAAGACCUGCAACAUCAGCGUGGGACGCUAAGGAUAUCUGCCAUCCUACACAAAAAAACCCUAAACCCACUUCUACCCCUGCAACAUCAGCGUGGGACGCUAAGGAUAUCUGCCAUCCUACACAAAAAAACCCUAAACCCACUUCUACCCCUGCAACAUCAGCGUGGGACGCUAGCCAGGGAGGGACCUCUGGCAUCCUACAAAAAAAAAACCCUACCUAAAACCUAUUGCGAAGCCUAUUCUACCCCCAUGGAAUUCUUCUCAAGACCUGCAACAUCAGCGUCGGACGUUAAGCCAGCCAGGGAAGGACCUCUGGCAUCCUACAAAAAAAAAAAACCCUACCUAAAACCUAUUGCAAAGCCUAUUCUACCUAUGCCCCCCCAUACCGUUCUUCUCUAGACCUGUAACAUCAGCGUGGGACGUUAGCAAGAGAGGAGGGAUCUCUGCCAUCGUACAAAGAAAAAAAAAAACCCUACCUAAACCCUAUUGCAAAGCGUAUUCUACCUAUGGCCCCCCAUGGCGCUCGUCUCAAGACCUGUAACAUCAGUGUGGGACGCUAAGGAUAUCUACCAUCCUACAAAAAAAAACCCUAAACCCACUUCUACCCAUCCUCAAAAAUUCAAAACUCCCCAAGAAUUCUGAUGAUCUCCUGCAACAUCAGUGAGGAACACUAGGGACCUCUGCCAUCCUAAAAAAAAAAAAACACUUAACCUACUUACACCCCUUCCCCAAACAUAAAGACUCAAUAACGCCCCAUGUCCAGGUCCUGACAUUCCAAUUAACACCUAUAACAUCAGUGUGGGAUGCUAGAACACCCAUCCCCAAUCCGUUUAAAAAAAUAAAAAAAUAUACUAAAUCUGUGUGCACCGCUCACCAAAAAUAACA